AUUAGCUCAGCCUACAACAAAGAUAAGCAAGUUGGGGAGGAGGACCCCCGAGGGUCUUUAGAUUCUGGCCUAUGUCUGAUUGGCAGAUGUUAAAAGGGAUUUCUCCGUAAUCCAAAGCAUCAAUGAAGUGCACACAUUCAGCGGAUGGAUGGGAUAAAGCAGGCAUGAGGACAGUGUGUGCAUGCAGCUUCAAGGCUACACAUUCAGCAUGGACAGGACUCUGGACUCCCUUCAACUUCUAGUCACCCAAGUACUGCCACAGAGUGACCCCAGCCUGGUCUUCAGGGACUUGAAUGUAGUUGCGCUACUUCAAGAAUUUUGGGAGAACAAAGAAAAGAGAAAAGCAGUCUUUCCAAGUGAAAGCUUAGUGGCCUAUGAGUCUGUCCCAUCUCCUGACCCGCCAUUUGUUUGUUUUGUCACCUUACCUGGAGGAAGCUGUUUUGGAAAUUUUCAGUACUGCACCAGCAGGGCAGAAGCACGGAGAGAUGCAGCUAAAGUGGCUUUAAUCAACUCCCUCUACAAUGAAUUACCUACCAGGAGGAUUACACAGGAGUUUAUCACAAAAAGUGUCCAAGAAGCAGUGGCCUCCACCAGUGGGAAUAUAAUUGACGCCGAUGACCCAAGUACAAGUAUUGGUGCCUACCAUUACAUGCUGGAGACAAACCUUGGCAAGACAAUGCUGGAAUUUCAGGAACUCAUGAUCGUUUUCCAACUUCUGCACUGGAACGGAAGUCUUAAAGCCCUCAGAGACACAAAGUGCUCCCGUCAGGAGGUUAUUGCCUACUACUCUCAGUACACAUUAGAUGAACGGAUGAGAAGCCACAUGGCAUUGGACUGGAUCAUGAAGGAAGAGGAGACACCAGGAAUCAUAUCUCAGGAGCUUCAGCUUGCUCUCCGAGAGCUGGAAGAGUCUAGAAAAGCUGGCAGAGAGCUGCGGUUUUAUAAAGAGAAGAAAGAAAUUUUGAGCUUAGCUCUGAGUCAUAUCUACAACGAUUGUAUCACUUCACCUACACAUGUUGAUCAUCUGAACUUUACUCUAAAUGGUUAUCACUAGCAGAUCUGCUGCUUUUAUGUAAGAUCAGGAGAACGGUGGAUGGAAACACAGCUUAUAAAUUCUUGUUCAUAAGACCACCCAAGUUGCACAUCAUGAAAUCUGUUGUACACAUUUCUUUCAAAUUUUGCGUUUCAAAG